CAGUCGCCACCGGCCCCGCUCCCAAUCCAUGCUGCCAUGACAGUCCUUCUCCGUGUCGCGGCGAGUGCACCGAGUACCAACGCGUUUAAAGAGCGCCGCUGCUGAACGCCCGACUGAUGUACCUAUCCGCAUUAUACUGUGAGAAGGUACUCGACCGAGAUCCGAUCUCGGCUCGUGGCUCGUUACAGUGUUGGAAUUACGCCAAAGCAGCUCUCGCGCGGGUCGACCAGGUCGACCAGGCGCGGCCGCCCUGGGUGUGCUGAUCAUCACUAUCAUCAUCAGCGGGAGUCUCGCAAAGCGCGUGUGCGCGUCGUGGAUAUCCGUGUGCAAAGUGGCGGGUGUUGUGGCGACGGUAUUGUUGAUGUGAUGCGUGUCCCGGAAUCCCGCACGCACGUCUGGCUCGCUGUCAGUUACGGAGCACUAAGUACUAGUCCGCCUCGAGAUACAACAGGCAGCUACGCUUCUUUUGGAUUCGGACGAUCGAUGCGCCUCGUCGAAUCCCAUAGGGGACGAUCCUGAGAGCGACUCGAUGAACGCCGCGCCGUUGCCGGUCGAUAGGGUGCACCGGUACGCUUCGGGGCGAGCCGAAGCGUUGGUGGGAGCCUCCUCGGACGCAGGACCGAGCUUAUCACGGAACGAAUCGUGACAGACGCUUCUUUCCGGGUCAUUGUAAGCGCCGGUCGCGGCAGCGGUGACGAAGCGAUGCUCGCGAUUUGGCGCGCCACGCACGACCAAUAACGCCGAUAGCCGAUAGCUCAAUCGCGAAUCACGCUCGCCGGUUGUUUCCACGGACGGUGCUGUAAUCACACAUAUACACACUCUGUGAUAUAUACGUAAUACAUGCAUACAUAUAUACAUAUACAUAUAUAUGCUACGAGGUGCGAGAAAUCGAGACUGUCCGCGAUUGCGUCGCGUAAGGUCGCACGUCAAGCACGUUGAAGCAAUCGAGAAACGAGAUAUCUCGUAUGUUAUCUCUUUCUCGCGUUCGGCUCGGGAACGUUUAACGAGUGAGGAAGAUGUUUAACUUUAUGAAGAAGGCCGCGGAGAAGGACGACAAGGAGAAGCGGAAGCGCGAGAAGAAGGAGCGGAAGGAUGUCAAGAAGCGCGAUCGCAGCAGCAUGUCCGCGGAGGAGCUACUGCGAUUGGACGAGGUGAGAACAUCGUUCUUACCGAGGAAUCUGGCUUCUCAAUAUUAUUCUUUUCUUGUCGUCCGUAGGUCAUUGAAGAUUCCCGGUCGCCGGAAGGAGAAGGAAAAGCUUCCGAGCGGUAUCACCGCUGAUUACAGCGCGUCGUUCUUUGCGCAUCUGGACCGCGAUCUUCUGGACAGCUCGCAGAAUGCGGACUCGGGUCCAGGCUCGGCGAUCAGCGCCGGUACCAGCAGUUGGACCAGCGUCAGAACACCCGACGGAUUGAUGCAAAGUGACUCGUCGGAGGCGUCUCUUACCUCACUAACGACGACUACGACUACAUCGUCGACGACGACGAGUCACGCGGGUGGCAAGAAUCUGCCGCCAUUGCCACCGAAGCCGCCCAAGCGAGGGAUCCUCAAAGGGCCUCGAUUGAGCGUCAACAGCGGCGUCGUGAGUGUCCUUUCGGAGGAGAACGCGUUGCCGAACGGUACCGAGACGAGUUACCAGGAAGCCAGCAAUCUGUUGGUGAGGAAUACUCUUCAGAACGAGGUGAUAGCUUAUCAGAAUGUGCCGACGCAUCUCAACAGCGUCCUAAACAAGGACGAGGUUUGUAGCGAGGAGGAGACAAUCUGUCAAACCACGUGGCGUGUAGUCACCACGCCGCAACAGACCGUUCAGCAACACUAUCAGCAACAGCAGCAACAGCAGCAUCAUCAAAUCGACGCCAAACUGCUGCAGGUCGUCACUAGUGCUAGUCCAUCCGCGGAUUCCUUGACGGACACGACGAACUCGAGUUUCGCCACCCCGCCGUUCAGCCUGUCACCCGUUGGCGAAUCCCAGGGUUUCUCCAGGUGGCGUUCGUCGGUCUCCUUCGAAGAGCAGGGGAUCGAGCUGCAGCUGCCGGAGCUCGUGCCGCUCGAAUUACCCGAACCUAGGGAGCUCACCAUUCAGAGGCAGCCGCCACCGCGAAACGAUUUCGGCUUUUCCCUUCGUCGCGCUGUCAUCGUCGAACGAGCGGCAAAUGGUGUCACGCAGAUGAGACCGGUGAUCUUCGCCGAACCCGGCGCCCUGGUUCAGCAUAACAAUGACACGGGUCUAUUACCCGGUGACAGACUGAUCGAGGUCAAUGGGAUCAACGUGGAUGACAAAUCGCGCGAAGAGAUUAUCGAUCUCAUCAAGAGCUCUGCCAGCAGCGUCACUGUAAAGGUGCAGCCGGUCGGGGAGCUGUCAGAGUUAUCGAGACGCGGCGGCUGUGACGGACGUCAAGUCGAAUUGGCACCUGCGAAUAUUCGUGGCGGCACGCUUCGACGAUCUGGCAGUUUGCGGUUUCAUCAGAAUACAGCACGAUCGGAGGAGCAUUUGGCGCAAGAACAAGCAUGGCUAUCUUCUGAAAAGAUCUGGUUAUUGCAUCGCGGAGGUUUCACUCCCGCCACAAGAUGCGGUACCGCCGAUCCCGACACAGGAAAGCUGAGGAUCCGAUUGACCACUUCCGGAGAGGAGUUGCUCGUGGACGAGGAAGAUGUGGAGAAGGCUAAUCCACCCCAGUUUGAUAAAGCCGAGGAGCUUUCUCAGUUACGAUUCUUGAAUGAAUCGUCCGUUCUCCAUACGUUGAGGCAACGUUACGCCAGUAAUUUGAUACACACUUAUGCGGGAGACAGUAUGAUCGUUAUUAAUCCGGUUGCACCGUUGGCAAUUUAUUCUGAAAAGGUCGCGCACAUGUUCCGAGGUUGCAAAAGCGAAGAUAUGCCUCCGCACAUCUAUGCUAUAGCGCAGUCGGCUUACCGAGGAAUGUUGGCGACGCGCAGGGAUCAUUCUCUGGUUUUUCUUGGACGUAGCGGAGCGGGGAAAACCACAAACUUCAAACACGCUCUUCAUUAUCUCGUACUGGCUGCUGGCACGGUUAACAAGAUCUUGACGAUCGAGAAGCUGAACGCGCUCUUCACGGUCCUCGAGGCCUUUGGAAAUAGUAGAACGCAUAUGAAUUCGAACGCGACGCGUUUCACGCAGCUCUUCAGCCUCGACUUUGACCAGUCAGGUCAAAUCGCCUCGGCCUCUCUGCAAGUGCUGCUGCUGGAAAAAUCGAGGAUAGGCCGGCGAGUUAACGGGGAUCCGACCUUUCAUGCCGUUUACCGUCUGCUGGCAGGCGCGGAAGGUGCACUGAGAAAAGAAUUACAUCUUACGAAUCUAGUCGCCGAGAAUAAUCCCUUCGUUACGCCGCUGCAGAAGCACGAGGACAAGCAGCGAGCUAUGGUCGAGUUUAACCGCAUCGUCGCCGCGCUCAGGAUACUCGGCAUCUCCGAGGCCGACGAGAAGGUCAUCUGGCUGGUGCUGGCCGGUAUUUAUCACUUAAGCUGUGCCGGUGCCGUGAAGGCCGGUACCAGUUCGCAGAGCAGAUGGCAAUUCGCCAGAGUUGAAUGCGCGGAGAAGGCAGCCAAUUUGCUGGGCACCACUGUAGAAGAAUUAAGCCGAGUCGUCUUCUCGGCCAACGGUGGUGGUGCCGGAACACCAAGCACUCCGAGACCGGCUCUGAGAACACCUAGCCCGACGGAGCAGGGCAAAGAUGUCACGGGGCUCGAUGCGCUGGAGGGACUUUUGGUCGGACUCUAUUCCGAGAUUUUCCACUGCGUCGCGGCUCUCAUUAACAAAUCCAUAUCAUCCGCUGUACAUACAGUUUCAUCUGUGCUGCUGUGUGAUUCGCCAGGUUUCCAAAAUCCUGCUUCAUGCGGCCGACAAACCGGUGCAACUUUUGAGGAUCUUUGCCACAAUUAUCUGCAGGAGCGUCUGCAGUUACUGUUUCAUCAUACUACGUUAAUAGCUCCGAAGGAUAGAUACGUCCAGGAGGGCAUUGAUGUAGAUUACGAGGAUGAUUACGACGAGGACGGUAUCGGAUCGCCUCAAGGUUUAGUUUCCCUUCUGGAUCGCGGAAGCUCGCAAAGCGCGACGAUGUUGCGAACUAGUCAAAGCGACCUUAGCGGCAGCAGACAGAUGGAACGGAAAGGAUUACUCUGGCUGCUGGAUGAGGAGACCGUAUGUCCUGGAGGGAGCGACGAAACCUUCCUGGAUCGUUUAUUUUCUCAUUACGGAGAUCGAGAUCACCAAAUGUUUCUACGAAAGGCGCCGGGCAACAAUCAAUUCGUUUUGCAACACUUAUUGGGAACUAAUCCCGUCCUUUAUACUGCCACCGGUUGGCUUAAAGCCACGCGCGAAAAUCCCGUUUCCAAGAGUGCCAUCACGAUACUUCAAGAAAGUACACGAGAACACGUGAGCAAACUGUUUGUAAGUGCCCGAGGCGCCGGUGUUUCCGGCGCUUUAUGCAGUUCCAUGCCAGGACUCGAAGGCUCGCAAUCUUUGAGGCGAGCCUCAAGCAUACGAAGAACGUUCACAGCCGUGAAAAGGAAGAACAUUUGCCUGCAAGUGAAAUUCACUGUAGACGGUCUCGUGGAAACAUUACGGAGAACACGCGUGAAAUUUGUGCACUGUCUUCUGCCUCAGCACAAUGCCGGUUGUACCGACAACAAAAGCCUUCUCUCCGUGAAAUCAAAUCAGAGCGAGGAUAGCGUUAUUAAUGUGCCUCUUCUGCGAUCGCAGAUUCGCGGUAGCCAAAUAAUAGACGCCAUUCGUUUACACAAAGUUGGAUUCCCGAAGCAUAUGGCUCUAGGUGAGUUCAGACGUCGAUUCGGACUAUUGUCCAGUGACGUGAACGCUCGACCCGGAAGUCCCGUUACCGAUGAACGUCGCGCCGUCGAAGACAUGCUGCUCACCGUCGACGUCGACCCCGCUUCCUAUCGAGUUGGUCAAAGCCAGAUAUUCUUCAGAUCGGGCACCUUGGAACGAUUGGAAGCUCAGAGGGACGAGAAACUCACAGGCCACAUCAUUCUACUGCAGGCGAGAUGCAGAGGCUAUCUAGCGCGGCGUAGACUAAACACUUUGAAACUGCAAGAUCUCGCAGUGCGCUGCAUCCAAAGGAACGUGAGGAAGCUAAUGUCUGUGCGAGAAUGGCCUUGGUGGAGAUUGUACGUGAAAGUCGCGCCCUUGUUGAACGUUCAUCGGACCGAAGAUCAGCUGAAGGCGCGAACGGAAGAGCUCGAGCUUCUCAAGGCAAAAGUGGAGCGCUUGGAGCAGGAACGCAAUCAUCUGAAACACGACAACGAUAAAUUAGAGGCGAAGCUGAGCGAGAUGACUGCAGACUUUGCUGAGGAACAUUCUACAUCGACAUUAGCAGCGGAGAGAAUUGAUGCCGAAACAUCGGAGCGUUUGCGACUCGAGCGAGAGUUGCAGGAUGUAACUGAAACUAAUAAGAAUCUUCAGCAAACAACCGAACGGCUGGAGAUGGAACUGUUAUACGCGAGAGCUGCCGACUUGAACGGAGUAGCUUCUGAUGGCGAGGAAGGCGAGGACGGUGGUGUUUACAGGCAACGCUACGAAAAUGCUAUUCGGGAACUCGAGUUCACGAAGAGGAAAAUGGCACAGCAGCACGAGGAUGAUCUGGAGCAGCUGGUGGGACUCAAGAAGCAGUUGGAGAAGAAGUUGGCUGAUGCUUACGAAGAAGUAGAGGAGCAACGACAAGUCGUCGGACAAUGGAAACGGCGAGUUCAGAAAUUGAACGGCGAGAUGCAUGAUCUCAGAUUGCUGUUGGAGGAACAGACUGCUAGGAAUAAUCUCCUCGAGAAAAAACAGCGCAAGUUCGAUUCGGAAACUCAGAACCUGAUGAACGAUCUUAGACAAGAGAAAGCACAGCGUGAAAGAUUAGCGAGAGAAAAGGAGAUUGCGAUCGCAGAAAAAUUCACAGUGGAACAAAAUCUGAGCGACGCAAGACUAGAGAUUGAACUGAAGGAGGAGAGACUUCGCACGUUGACCCAAGAAUUGGAGGAGCUCACUUUCGGUGGAAAAACGGAGGAGGAAGUCGCGCAGCUGAAGAAAGCGAAACACGAGCUAGAGAAACGCACCAAGGAUCAAGAAGAGGAGCUGGAUGAUUUAGCUGGACAGGUGCAGCUGCUCGAACAAGCAAAACUCAGGCUGGAGAUGAGCAUUGAACAGCAGCGCAAGGAGAUGCGCAAGGAGAUGCAACAGCGCGACGAGGAAUUGGAAGACGUUCGCGGAAAUGCGCACAAGAAAGUUAAGGCCCUCGAAUCGCAGUUGGAAAACGAGCACGAGGAGAGGACGAUUCUUUUGAGGGAAAAGCACGAGUUAGAACGCCGUUUGGUAGCUCUAGAGGAACAAGAUCGAGCCGAUCGCGCGGCAGAGGCUGAGACUCUGCAGAGACUGAAGAGAGAUCUGAAGAGAACAAAGGCUUUACUCAGGGAUGCACAGACAAUGCUUGAGAGAUCCAAAGGAGACUCGACAGGCAAAGCCGCGCUCCGUCAAUUGAAAAAUCAGUUGGAAGACGCGGAAUGCGCUCGAGCAGCGGCAAUUAAAGCGAAACAGGCAUUGGAACAGGAAUUGAAUGAAACACAAGCGAGUCUGGAGGAGGCUAUGCGACAACGUUCCGAAGCAGAGGAACGAGCCAAUGUGGCCAAUCGCGAACGCACGGAGCUGUUGUCUCAGUUAGAGGAGAACGAAGAAGAGCUCGCUGAAGUCUUAAAGAAAUAUCGAGCUGCCGUGCAACAAGUUUCCGCGGAACAAAGCCAAUUGCAAGAGGCACAGGUGCAAAUCGUCGCGCUCGAGGCGGAAAAGUCAUCGUUGAAGGAUCAAUUAUCGGAACUGGCACAACGAUUAGAAUCAGUGGAGCAACUUGGCGAUCCUACGGCAAACAGUCUCGCCACGAGACGCUUGGAAUUCCGAGCCAAAGAGCUCGAGAGCAAGCUCGAACUGGAACAAACUACAAGAGCACGUUUGGAGACGCAAAUAGCACGGUUGAAGGAGAGCGUAGAUAAAUUACAGACGGAAUCAGCCUUACUUAGGACGAAGGAACAGACUGCUCAAGACGCGGCGAGAAGACUGCAACGAUCUUUGCGCGACGCGCGCGACGAGGCCAGCGCAGCAAUAUCGCGCGAACAGGAGGCUUUACGUGCUCGUCGUGACACAGAGAAAUCUUUGGAAGCCGCAGAGGCGGAGACCAAAGUAGCUAGAGACGAUCUUAGAUUGGCGCUACAGAGGAUCGACGAUUUGCAGAGCGCAAUUCAAGGUGAACUCGACUUGGACUGCAGCGAGGAAGCCACCAGCGAGAAUAGUGAUAGUGAUUGAUCCGAGCCGUUAUCGGACCUCGAGUCCGAUCAAAACGACGAAGGCACGACUGAAACAGGAUCAAUGGACCAGGUAACGGAUGGACUUUCGCAUAUUGAGACGUCGAGCAAAACGUGAAUCCGUAUUUAAUCCGUAUACAACCGAAACCUGUAUGAAAGUGACGAGAAUAGUAGUCCGGAGAAACGAAAGACUGGUAAAGUGAUUGCGAAGGACUGAAAUAAUUCGAAAUCACGAUGAAUUUUGAUCGUGCUGCUUGAACGACGACUGAAGAAGCGUUCUUUUUUCGCUGUCAUAGAGAAUAAAAUCACCGUGAAAGCGAAUCAACUAGCGCGGAGGCUAGUUGUUGAAUGACGAAAUCAAACUUGCGAGUUAAAGUUCGAGCUGUGGGUCAAGCUAAGGUCAUUAAAUUAAUCAACUGUGUGACCACGCACUCUGUCUCUGCGAGCGAUGAUGAAGUUUUUAGGUGCUAACUAUGUAUAAUUCUCAAAAAAAAAAUCUCGAUGUCGUGGCUUAACUUUGCACGUCGCAUCUGGUCGUGCAUCUGCGGUGCUAUUAUCUUAUCCGUUUUUUCUUCUUUUUUUAUUUCUUGAACCGUCGACGACAACGACAUCGUCCUUUUCCAGUCUUCCACAAAAAUUCGAGCCAUUUCUUCAUAAACGCGAAUGCGAAUAUUGAUGAAAUUACGCGCAUUACAAAAGACGCCGAACAAAAGUCGAAGUAUAUCCAAUGAAAAAAAAGCAUUUUUAAUACAGAUAUAUUAGAAAUCUUGAUAUUAGAAAUCUUUUUAUUAGAAAAAUAUAAAUAAGUAUUUUUAAACAAAUUUUGCGUAGAUUAAAACUUUUUUAACAUCGCAAAAUUUUACUUUUUAUAGGAUAUUCGUACUUUUGUUCGACAACGUAAUAUACGCCGUACGGAUAUUUUUUCAUGUAGAAUUAGCUCGGGAACAAUCUUCUACAUAGAAAAGGACACACGUUUGUGCUUUUUAUUAUUUUUGCAAUUCUUGCUAUUUUCAUAUUUGUAUGAAAAGAAAGGGGCACGACAGAGGAACGCGUGCCACGACUCGAAUUAGGGCUUUGGUUUCGUGUAAGGAUUCUCGUGUAACUUAUUGCUUUGUAAAAUGCAGAUCUCCUAUUUAAUUAC